AGCACGCUGCAGUGUUGAGAAGAGACCAGAACAACAGAAACACGAACAGCACUGCCUCUCCCUCCUCAGGACAUUUACCACGGUUACCAUUGGAGAAGGGGAGGAGCCCACACAAAGAGAAGGAAACAGAGAGGGGGCGAUUGACAUGCAGAAUGUAUGAGACACCAGAGAGGAGGGCCAGACCUGCUGAGGAGUUCUGGAUCCAUCAUUUCAGCGGACAGUUUGACAGAACGUCUGCUGGACUGCAGGAAGCGUCAGCUGACAUGAGAUGAAGGAGGGUCCCCUGCAGAGCUCUUGAGGCAUCAGGUAGGGGCCGUGCUUAUCGAUCACACUCUAAAGGAGAGUCCUCCAGUGCUGACUUUGGACCCGAUGGUGCAACAUUUCCAGCCGGCCUCUCUCAGGACGACAUAAAUCACACAGUGACGUGUUUCAGAGCCGCGUCAGCAUGCAGCGUGUCCUGACUCAGCAGGAUGAGGGUAGAGCCGGAGGGGAAGAGGUAAGAGGGGGUUCUGUGGUAAAGAAUGGAGCCACAGGAGGAGACAAGGUGGAGAAGGAGUCCAUGAUGAUGGAGCUGACCCGGCUGGUGCAGAACCUGGUGAAGGAGAGCAGCUGGUGGGAGAGGAGGGGAGUGGACUGCAGCAUCCUAGCAGCAGCUUUCCUCUGUUUGCCUCUGGCCUUCCUGCUGCUCCGCUCCUCACAGCUGCUGUGGCUUUCUGUGGGCGUGCUGCUGAUGGGCGUGGCUCAUGCUGUGAUCACCAUCAAAGGAACCCACCUGGCCAGUCACGGGGCGCUGAGCGAGUCCCAGGCGUGGGGGAAGUUCUGGGCCAUCUUUUUCAUUGAGAUCUGCGGCUCCUUCUCAGCUCAGGCUGGAGUUCAGGGCCACAUCAAGAUGCAUCACGCUCACACUAACAUCAUCGGACUGGGAGACUCCAGCGUGUGGAAGGUCCCCUCCCUGUCCCGCACAGUCUACCUGUUUGUAGCUCCCCUCGCCGUGCCCGUCAUCACCCCGCUGGUGGCCCUCGCUCAGGUUAAAGGGCGCUCUCUGGCUCUGCUCGUCAGGACCGUCGUGAACAUAACCCUGGGUCUGUACUCGCAGUACUGGCUGUUGACCAACAUCUCUGGGUUCAGGUCAAUGCACAGCGCGCUGCUCUGCAUGCUGGUGUGCAGAGCAAUGUUCUCUGUGCCGUUCAUCCACGUCAAUAUUUUCCAGCAUGUUGGUUUGCCGAUGUUCUCUUCCACGUGCCGCCCAAAAAGGAUUCACCAGAUGACCCACGGCGUGCUGAAUCUGCCGCGUAACCUUCUGCUGGACUGGACGUUUGGACACUCGCUGAUCAACUGUCAUGUGGAGCAUCAUCUAUUCCCCUUUCUGUCAGACAACAUGUGUCUGAAGGUGAAGCCUAUUGUCUCCAAGUAUCUCUCUGAGAAGCAGCUUCCGUAUCAGGAGGACCGCUACCUGUCGCGCUUGCACCUGUUCUUCCAUAAAUACCAGGAACUGAUGGUGUUUGCCCCCCCCAUCACAGAGCUGGUGGGGGUACAGUGAUGAAGGACCUGGACUGAAGGAUGAGGAUUUCUGCAGGCUCUGUGUCAUUAAAAUACCCUUUAACUUGAAAUGAAACACCGAGUUAAUUCUUAUUUUCAAAAACAUAAUACUAAAUACACAUCAGCUGCAAGCUUCAACGAGCAAAACAAAAACCUAAAGGGAUUUUUUUGUCUGUGUGUGUUUCCUUUUAUUAAAUGUAAUUUGAGCUUUUUUAAAUUAACACUCAAGUGAGAGAAAAGUGGCAACUUUAAUUUGAUGCAACUGUUAUAUAUAUUUAAAAAAACUUGUCUGCAUUAAUAAACCAAAGUCUUUUUCGUUUAAUUCUUAACACCAUAACCUCAGGAAGGUCUACACUCACAUUCACAGACCAGGAUGGCACAACCUCAAGGAACAAACUGCAAAGGGUCAGAUGGUCAGUGUUAUUUUGAAAUGAAUCUAAUUAUGUGCCUUGUGUGGCGUUUGAAAUGAGCUGGUUUUCACAUUCAUGUCUAAGUUUGCAAGAAUAAAAGAGGGAGAGAAGUUGGUGUCAAACUGAAUGUUAUCUUCCCUCAUGAUGACGGAACUCAAAGAUGACCUUCCAGUGUUGAUGUGGGCUUUCAUUUGGUUUUUGUCUGUUUGGUUUCCCUCUCAUCAACCCAUUGCAGACCUGUCGAACAUUUCUUGCACUUUUUUUGAACUCAUCAGAAUUUUUUUUCUCAAAUGAUUUCACUAAUUUUUUUAUGUUUUCAGAAAUCUGCAUUUUUGGCUAAAACCUUUUAGCUAUUGCCUUUUUUAAAAUUCCACCGACACGCAAGAGCAGAACACUGAAAGUAUCACGGCGGGUUAUUAGUGUUUUUAAUUUGAGAACUUUUUUAGUUCUUUGAAAAGGCUGUUUGCAUGUUUUCAUUAGUGUUUUGGCCCAGUGGGAAACCAAGCGAAUUUUCCUUAUGCUUUGGUGUGUUAAAAUUUCUUCUGUGUCUAAAAAGAAACACUACAUGCAAACCUGUUGUUUGAAAAACUAUUAACUUUGUGAUGUUAGUGUUGAUUUUUCCCCUUGAAUUUUGAGUGAUAAUUUGUUUCUUCACUAAAUUAAACACUCAAAAAAUACCAACAAAUUUUCCUUUUUAACUACGAUGAACAAAAUGACAAUUGUGUGUAGAAGUUAAGGCAGAAAGACCAAAUACAGGAGAAAUGAUUAUUUUUCUUAUAUUUAAAACUAUUUUAAAAGUACUUAUCUGAGGUUUACUCACUUGAAAAACUCCUGAAAUGUACCCACAAUUCAACAGAGAGGGUGUCUUUGUCUAAUAUUCAUAUGGAAUAGAAAAUGCUGACAUUAAUGUUGUGCUCAUGUACAAACCAGAAGAACCAGUGGUUCCAACAAAACAUCUUCCAUCUCACCUUCAGCUCUUGGAAAGAACUUAAUUCACCAGGAGUCCCUGCCGUUACCAUGGUUACAGACUGACAACAGCAUCUUUCCAGCUUGAAGCUCAUCUUUACUUCUCUUCUCUCAUUUGUAAUGUCCUCCAUUGGUGGAGCCUAUUGACUCCAAUAAUAAAUAAUCCUUCAUUGUCACACAAAAGUAUUUUCUGUUACGCUCACGUUAAAAGAUGUUCUCAUUGGCUCAGCUUCACUAACCACAGCUUUCACUGCGUAAAGAGUUAGUAUCAGUAAAUGUAUGAGAAACCUUUUCAAGGUGUUAGAUUGCUGUAUAUUUACAUAGACAGAACUUUAUGAAAGGACACGUUUUUUAUUUUAAUACUUCCUUUCUUUAUUUGCCAUUUUCUCGGUUUCCUGAUGGGACACGUUUAAAGGAGGUCUGGAAGGUUAAUGGUCCUCUGUUGAUUAAAAAAAGGUCAUAGAUGUACAUUAAAUUGAACAAACAUAAUUUCUAAACAGGAAAAUAAACAGCCUUUAUUUGUUUAAGUCCCACUCCAAUCAUAUGUUGUCAAAUUGUUCCCAGUGGUCUUCUAAUUAUGAUUUUGCCAUGUUUAGCCAAAAAACAAUACCCUGUGUUGUUUUUUAAGGCAUACUUUCUGCAGAAGUACGAGGCUCAUUAGAAAUCCACCUCUAAGUUGUGGGUGGGACUGUUGGCGCAGAGGUUAGCCUCGUUUAUUUCCCAUCAGCCCUUUGUUUACAUUCUCUCCUGCUAGCCUGUAGCACCUUACAAGGCUAAGCUAACGUUAAUGUUAAAAAACCAGCAAGUAAUAUCAGAGCUAUACAGUUGUUCAGUUUUGAGAAAGAUGGCAGCUCAGAAAAGGAAAAUGGAUCUAUUUGUGUAUGAGAAGAUGCAUCAUAAUUGUAAUUGUAAUGACAGUUGCUGCGUUUGGUUUUUCAGUCCGCAGGUUUCAUCUUCUCCUGAUCAACACAAUUGAUUAGAAUAAAGAAAUAUGCAAAAAAAUACAA